CAACAAGUUCAAUGGGAGAAAAAAAUCUAGCCCGGAUUCUCCCGAAGUAAUGAACGGUCACUCGCACCUCCAAUUUUCCCUUAGUCAACAACAAGACUAGGUAAAAAAUUUUAAUAAAAAUCUUUUUUCUCCUCCUGAAGCUUUUGCUCAUCAAGAUGUUCUCUUCUACUGCUACCAAAUUCUUACGUUCAACUGCUCAAGUUGCUCGUCGUGCCUAUACCAACAACGGUGGUUACGAGUCUACCUACAAGAACUUGAUGAUCAAUGCUGAAACAAAGGUUAUCUGUCAAGGUUUCACUGGUAAACAGGGUACUUUCCACUCUCAACAAGCUAUUGAAUAUGGUACCAACAUGGUCGGUGGUGUCUCUCCCAAAAAGGCAGGUCAAACUCAUCUUGGUCUCCCUGUCUUUGGUACUGUUCGUGAAGCUGCUGAAGCUACCAAGGCUGAUGCCAGUGUUAUCUAUGUUCCUCCUCCUGGCGCUGCUCAAGCCAUCUUGGAAGCUGUUGAAGCUGAAAUUCCUCUUGUUGUUGCCAUUACCGAAGGUAUUCCUCAACACGACAUGGUUCGUGUCAAGCAAGCCUUGAUGACUCAAAGCAAGACCCGUUUGGUUGGUCCCAACUGUCCUGGUAUGAUCUCUGCUGAACAAUGUAAGAUUGGUAUCAUGCCCGGCAGUAUCUUGAAGCGUGGCAAGAUCGGUAUUGUAUCUCGUUCAGGUACUUUGACUUAUGAAGCUGUCCAACAGACCACUGAUGUUGGCCUCGGUCAAACCUUGUGUGUUGGUAUCGGUGGUGAUCCUUUAAACGGAACCAACUUCAUUGACUGUCUUAAGGUGUUCUUGGAAGAUAAGGAAACUGAAGGUAUCAUCAUGAUUGGUGAAAUUGGUGGUACUGCCGAAGAAGAAGCUGCCGAUUUCUUGAAACAAUACAACUUGUCCAGAGAUACUCCUAAGCCUGUUGUUUCCUUCAUUGCUGGUUUGACCGCUCCUCCUGGUCGUCGUAUGGGUCACGCUGGUGCCAUUAUUUCUGGUGGUAAGGGUGGUGCUCAAGACAAGAUCAAGGCUUUGGAAAAUGCUGGUGUUCAUGUUACUCCCUCUCCUGCCAAGUUGGGUACUACUUUGCUCAAGGCCAUGCAAGAUGCUGGUUUGGCUUAGAUCACUUUUUUGAGAUAGUAUAAAAAUAUUUAUUUAUUCUUUUUUUGUUUUGAAAGAAAAAAAAAAAAUCUGUUCUUUUAAUGCGUGUAGUAAAGCUUACAUUAGAUUAAAAUAUCAAUUUAUAAUUAUUAAAUGUCACAUAAAAAGGAUGAGCUGUGUGUGAAAGGAGAAACAGACAAGCUUGGGCCAAGCCACCGACUUAUUGCCCACAAAAAAUUUUUUGCAGCAAAGUUAUAC